ACGUCAGAAGUCCGCGCGGGCGACAGACACUUUGUACCCUGCCAAGUCUGCCGAGUGCUAUUUAUUGUUGGUCAGAACCAGAACUACCAUGAGCAAGCGGAACCAAGUGUCCUAUGUGCGGCCCGCAGAGCCCGCCUUCCUGUCCCGCUUCAAAGAGAGAGUCGGCUACAAGGAGGGGCCCACCGUAGAGACCAAGAAAAUCCAGCCUCAGCUCCCAGAUGAAGAUGGCAAUCACAGUGACAAAGAAGAUGAACAGCCUCAAGUAGUGGUUUUAAAAAAGGGAGACCUAACAGCUGAAGAGGUCAUGAAAAUUAAAGCAGAAAUAAAGGCUGCCAAAACAGAUGAAGAACCACCUCCAGCUGAUGGAAGAAUAGUUUAUCGAAAACCAGUUAAGCGUUCCUCAGAUGAAAAGUGUUCAGGUUUAACAGCAAGCUCCAAAAAGAAGAAAACCAAUGAAGAUGAUGUAAAUAAGCAAAGUUCAGUUAGAAAGAACUCACAAAAACAAAUAAAAAAUAGCAGUCUCCUUUCUUUUGACAGUGAAGAUGAAAAUGAGUAAAUAUGAAUAUUGUGGACUUGGUUUCCUGUUUUUAAAAAUACUGCUUUUGCUCCAUCUUCAAGUGACACUGUACUACAUGUUCAUUGCAGAAGAACUCAGAAAUACAGGGAGCGAUUUCAUAAAGUAAACCUACCCAUUCCUGCCCCUUUGUUUGGAAUGCCAGACAUUCACUACUGCUAAUGCUUUUUAUUGUCUCCCUCCUAUGGGUAUGUAUAUAUGUAUAUUGCAUUUUUAAACAAAACUGAGAUUGUUAUAUUUCUUCUUUGUCCUUCUUUCUUAGAAUUACAUUUGUAGAAUUUUCUGAUGUUGUUUAUUUCAAAAUCUAACAUUAAAGGCUUCCAGAGGAUUUCAUAAAUAGAUCUGUCUUAGUCACUGUUCUGUUGCUGAGAAGAGAUGACAUGACAGCUCUUAUAAAAGAAGGCAUUUAAUUAGGGGCUUGCUCACAGUUUCAGCUUGGUCUACUGCCAUCAGGGCAGGAAACAUGGCAUCAAGACUGGCCUGAUGCUGGAGAAGGAUAUACCUCAGAGCUAUAUCCUGAUCCACAAGCAGGGUGGAGUGGGGUGUGGGGACUGGGGAGGAGUGGGGCCAUUGGAGGGAAAAAGGGAGAGCCUGACUGAGCUUCUGAAACCUCAAAGCACACUUCCUCCAGUAAAGCCAUAUCUCCUAGUCCUUGUAAUCCUUUCAAACAGUUCUACUCCCUGAGCCUCUGCUGUGUCUUUCUCAUUAGUAAAACCCUGCACUUGAUGAAGGCAUGGCCUGGCUAAAAAUACCUUUCUAAGCCAGGUGUAGUAACCUGUAACCCCAGCACAUGGAAAACAAAGACAGGAGGAAGAUCAAGACCCACUGCUCUGUGGAGUGAGUUCUAGACCAGCCAGGGUGACAAAGUGAGGUGCUGUCUCAAAAAACAAAGUAAGUGCUUAUUUGAGCAGAACAUAUACUAACACUUUAAUAAUUCAAGAGUGUAUAUGGCCCCUGUGCAAUAGCGGCAAAUUCACAGGGUCUUCCACAUUCACACAAGGAAACCUACAAACUGCAGCUCCUGCCACUUAAAUGUAUUCAGAAAAAGGGAGCCAGUGGUUGCUUUCCAAUUUAGCGUUUUGAAAACACAUUUUCUGUGGAAAUUUUAAUUCUUAGUCAAGAAAAACAGAAAAUUUUAAUAACAGCAUAAUUACCUUAUAAAACAAUCUCUUCAUGUAACAAACAGUUCCACUGUUUUUCAAUAAUUUAUUUAGAACCUGUGACAAGAUCUCCCUGUGUAUCACUGACUGUCCUAGAACUCACUAUGUAGACCUGUGUAACCUGGAACCCAGAGGUCCAUGUACCUCUGCACUCUGAGUGCUAGAAUUAAAGACAUAUAUCACCAUGCCUGGCUAAAAGAAAUUUGUUGGUUUUUUUUUUCAAGACAGGGUUUCUCUGUGUAGCCAUGGCUGUCAUGGAACUCACCCUGCCUUCCUCUGACUCCAAGUGCUAAGAUUAGUACCACUGCUGAGCUCUAAAGCAAUUUUUUAAAAGAUGUGUUUUAUUUUAAAUUAUAUGUGUGGGAAGGGGACUGGGUGUAGCUCACCUCAGAAAAGCUGAAGCGCUAUUUUUAUUUUUAUGUCUCUCUCUGCUUUCCUCAAGCCCAAGUGAUGGAGCUUGAGGUCACCAACAUGGGAACAGGAUUGGAUCAUCAGGAAAGUAAGAGCUAGUGCUGCCAUACCAUGACUCUGAGACUAAAGAACCAUGUCCUACACCAUUCUGGGAUGCCAGGCAGCUUCAUCUGGUUCCUCCAGUGGAGCAAAGAGGAUGAGGGGUGUAUGCUGAUGUCCCAGCUCCAGAAAUGGUCCCACAUGCCUUCCCAUAAAGAGAAAUGCACUGCUGGAGGGGAGCAUGGAGGUCAUUCCUGCUUCAACCCAGCCACUUUUAUCGUCCCUGUGACUGUCUUUUGAGAUUCUCAAGGAUUUUACCAAGCUUAGAUGUUCAUUUUUCAUAUAUUUUCUCACUUGUCAGAGCCAACUCAAAAACCCCAAGCAUUUUACUCAUUUACAAUCUUUCCCAAAUAGCGCCAGUUUCCAUAGGACUGUAGUGGGGUUGAAGCAGAGUAAUCUAUAAAAACAUCUGGCAGGAAGAGACAUUCGGGAAAGAUGGCCUAGUGAUGCAGGUCUUUACUUUCAGCACUGCUCAAGCAGGUGGAUCUACUUGAGGCUAGCCCAGUUUACAUAGUGAGUCCUAGGUUAGCCAGUGCAUCAUAAGGAGACCAUGUCAUUAGAGUAUCUAUGGUAGAAUGUGGCUUAAUGGUAGAGCAUUUCCUCCUAUCACCAGUGCUAGAUAUUCCUAAUAGCACUAACACCCCCACUAACCCAAAUGUUAAUGUCAGAGCUAUCGUGAUCUCAAGCUCCAGGUCCAAUUCUCAGUGUUCUUCCUUCAGUUGCAUUUCCAGGCCUCUGGAUGGAAACUGACAACACACACUUGUUUCUGCAACGCUUUGACUCUUAAUGCUUUUUUUUUCAGAGUAAUUUGGGGUCAUUCAGACAUGCAUUCCAAGGAAAAAGGAUGGGUCAGAGGAUCCAAUUCACUUUUAGGCUUCCGGACAGUUUUACAAGCACAAGGCAGUGGGGCUGUGUGUCUGCAUAUAGUAGGCUCUUAGAAAACAAUUAUUUGAUAAGUCAAUGAAAUGCAAAGACACUGUUCAAACUUUCAAAUGGACUGUUUUCCCAAAACCAUCACUUAAGGGAACAAAAUCAGAAGUGGACAAAACUGGGGCUAUGCUUUAGGGAUAGACCUCCUGUGCAAACAUUGAGCAUUGGAUCAAUUCCCAACAAUAUU